AUUGAGCUAGCCUCUUUCCAAAGACCUCUGUUUCCUUUACUAAUCCCUUUCCCCUGUUGCUCUUGGGCAUUCACACUUUCUUUCUCUUUAGAUGUCCUGGGUAAUAUCAUGAAGAACAUCACAGCCAAACGGUCACGGGCCCGAAUAGUGGAUAAACUGCUGGCUCUGGGGCUGGUGGCUGAGCGGCGGGAGCUGUACAAGAAACGCCGGAAGAAGUUGGCACCCUCAAGCCUGCCUAAUGAAGAGGAGUCCUUGAACCAUUUUUGCCAGGAAGAUCUAGAAGAAGAGGAAAACCUGCCAGAGGAAGAGAGUGAAGAGGAUGAAGAGAAAGAGGAGGGCUCAGAAGCAGAACAAGCCCACGGUGGCUCCGUCCUUUCAACUCAAAACCUUGGGCAAAACCUGCAUCAGGAAGGCUUUUCUGCUCCCCUCCUGUGGCUCCAGAACUGCCUCCUUCGAGCAGCGGAUGAUCGGGAAGAGGUUGGCUGCUCUCAGGCAGUUCCACUGGUGCCACUGACAGAAGAAAAUGAGGAAGCGAUGGAAAAUGAACAGUUUCAGCAGCUGUUGCAAAAGCUAAGGGUUCGGCCUCCUGCCUCUGGGCAGGAAACCUUCUGGCGAAUUCCAGCCAAGCUGAGUCCCACCCAGCUCCGGAGGAUGGCAGCUUCUUUGAGCCAACCAGAGGAGGAGGAAAAGCUUCAGCCAGGAUUAGAACCUAAGGUCCCUAGAGAGCAAGGCCCUGAGGAGGCGCACCAACAGGAGCACCGAGCACAUGCCCUGAGGGCCCUCCUGUCAGCCCGGAAAAAGAAAGCAGGCCUGGUGUCCCCAGAGGAGGAAGGGACUGAUGGUGGGAAAGAGCAGCUGAAAGUGGCACCCAAGAAGCGACAGCUGCUGGACAGCGAUGAGGAAAAGGAGGAAGAUGAGGGCGGGACCAAAGCACCAGAGUUGGGAGCUCCAGGAAUCCAGAAGAAGAAGCGGUUUCAGAUUGAGGAUGACGAUGAGAGCGACUGAAGAGCCAGAUGCCUAGGGGCAGAGAUAGACCCAUUUUUAAGUGGUGAAUUUAAAUCUGAGUUUGGAGGGGCAUACAGGACCUGGAAACUCCUCUUACUGGACAGAAGCUUUGGAGCCCUGGACUUCCCCAUGGAUUUAGGGUCCAGGAAAUCCAGGCAACAGUGUUGGCCUCCUGUUCAGUCACUUCUUGCUCCUCCCACUUUUAUCAGUGUGUCUUAGUAGCUCUCUGGAGACUUCUUCCUCUUCUUCUUUGGUUAAUAGCACACCCUGGCAAAGGAGAGGAGUGAGUGAAUAUAGAAGGCACCUUGGACCCCUCUCACUGGUCUGUUCCUUUUGGCUUUCUGCUGGAGGUGGGUCACAGCACUAGAUGGGGAGUUUUGUGACAUGAUUAGUGGGGAUGUUGCACCAUUUUUAAAAGGCACUAGACGCGCCCAUCCUCAUUUUCUUUCCUAUGAUCACCCCCUGAACACCAGAUUGAGCCCAGUUCCUAAUGUUGAAAUAGGGUUGGGAUGCAGUACUCUUCAGAUGAUGAACGUGUUUGGUUGGUGUUUGGCAUUGAAUUAAACAUGUAAAAUUAAAAGUUGCCAAUGUUGAUCUGACUUGCCAAUCUGUCUAAAUACCUCAACCCUCCACCUGCUAUGUUCGUUUAAGAACUUUUAACUAUUAGGGUUAAAAGAGACUA